AUGAGAAUUGCGCUUCAAGCCAAGCGAAAGCUAGGGUUUGUUACUGGUGCAUGUGUUAAGGAGUCAUUUCCUGUUGCAUUGCACGAGGAUUGGGAGACAUGCAAUGCAAUUGUUCUCUCUUGGAUCAUGAACACAGUAUCUCCACAUCUGUUGAGUGGAGUAGUUUAUGCUUCCAAUGCACAUCUGGUUUGGAAGGAUUUACAAGAGCGAUUUGAUAAGUAUGAAUUUGAUGCUAUGGCUCCUACUCCUAGUUGUGGAUGUGAGAAAUCUAAAGACUAUGUUGAACAUCUUCACCAACAGAGAUUGCUUCAAUUUCUAGGAGGAUUAAAUGAUUCCUAUGCUCAAGCUAGGAGGCAGAUAUUGAUGAAGACCACUGAGCCUACUCUGAACCAAGCCUAUGCUUUGAUCAUAGAGGAUGAAACUCAAAGAUAA